CCAAGAUGGAGGAGGGCCCGGGCUUUUGGGAGUCUGCUGUUGUGUCGUUCGCGUAUGCCUCGUACAAGCCUCUCGCCCGACACCGCGAACCAGCGUCGAGGGAAAAAAGCCUUGUAGGCUGCGGCGGCUUCGACAUGUAGGCCGGCGAGAUGGAUACCAAAACCUCUCGCUCGCCCUAGAGCUGGAGCACUGCGUGAAGCAUCUCCUCUAGUCUCGCCAACACGACAACACUAUCAUGAGCGGAAUCCCAUCAGUCAUCAUCCGAUUCAUCUGUCAUAUCCCGUUGGGGUUCCUCGCCAGCAAUGGCUUCGGCAUGUACAAUAGGAUGAAGGGCCUGGGCAGCAUCUAUGACGCUGUACCCGGCGGCCAAAGCUUCCUCCAAGGCGCGCGGGUCAUUGGUGGUGUGGGCUGGCCCUUGUUUGCCUACAACUUUGUCUGCUUUGCCCUGACUGGCUUCCUCGACGGUCUGGCGCUGGCCACCAUCGGCCUGAUCGACCUCGUCUUCACCAUCGUCCUCGUCGCAGGCACGGCCAUGGAGGCCAACUUCCUCCCACGAACCUACGGAGCCUGCAAGCACGCGUCCGACUGGCGAGACGGGCCGGAUGGGAGGAACUUUUUUGACGAAGCCGUGCGAGGCGGGCGGUGGGUUGGGUUCCCCAGGGCGGAGGACCUGUGCCAUGGCAUGGUGCAGCACUGGGCCUUUUGCAUCGCCGUAACGAUCAUCUACGGCAUAUCUGGCUGCAUGAACUUGGCCAUCGGGCUGCGCGAGGUUCACGGCGCGGGCAGGCGCUUCUCGAGUACUUGGGUCGCACGAUCUAUACCCCCCGAUUUCUGGGUCCUGCGGCCGUUGGCGUUGACUAUGCGACACUGUCUCCCGAGCUUGCGGUUCCUCCACCGUUAUGCUGGCAAGCUCCUCGCUCGGUGGAGGCCCGUGAGGACGCAGCCGUACGAGUACCGCCAGCUCCUAGGCCUCAGGGCUGGGGGCGACGCCGGGUCGGCGCCCGGCCUGCCCUUCAAGGUCACGUCGUUUCUCGCCGAGGAGCUUCACUUUGUCGAGCUGCUGAGCCUCGUCGCGUCGACGGAGCAAAUGGCGGCCAUGCUGCUGGGCACCAAGGAUCCGGCACGCGAGCUCGAGGAGCUGCGGUCGUUUACCUGCGCGGGGACGGACAAGUCGCAAUGUCGCAUCUGCGAUGCACAAGUCUGCAGUGUUUGUGCACCCCCCUUUCCCCCCGUGUUUUCUUCUUUUCUGUUAUGGCCCGUUUUCAUAUGAUGGCGCACCUACUAACUAACCCCCCCGCCAUGUUUUCGUACACCAGGACUGCGACACGAUCGUCCCCCUGGCGAAAACGCAGGCGGCGCGGCAUCUCGACAUGUGCCGGCCUUGCUGUGCCAAGUGCUAUUACAAAAGCUACUGCCGGCGGACGCCGACGUCUUUGCGUGUCAAGGGGCGUACGCACGAUGCGAGCUGCGAGCUUGGUCGCGAAGACGGAGAUGUGGAAAGGUCCGGACGGCAGGAACUGGAGGACAAGUCUGAGGAGGAGGGGAGCGUAUGCAGGGCGUGUGCGGCCAUGUCCGCCGAGGGCAGGCGAGCGGCCUUGGAGGCGAGGGACACUGUCGCGGCGCGGCGACUGGCGCGGUAUCCGAUGCUGUGCGGGCUGUGCCAGUGGUCGCUCGCACCGGGCGAGGCAAGGUGGUGGAUAUGCUCGGUAUGCCGCGGAGAGUGUCUAUCCGGCGUCCAUCCACCGUGGCAGGAAGACUGUUGAGCUUCGAUAUUGUAACAGCUUCAUCCUGAUUUCUUAACGAGUGCCUCCAUCCAUAGCUCAGUCAACAACAGAAG